AUGACCACCACUUACGUUUACACAACACCUGGACACUCACCUCAGCUACGUACGCCUUUCGGUGCGAAUCGAGCAAACCAGCUGUUUCAAAGAAUUCGAGCAGAAGACACGCGGCGCGAGAUGUACACACCAACACCCCCGCCACCGGUUCCCCCGCCAAAACCCAGCAGUCAUGACACAAGCCGGCUAGGCACCCCCUCCAUCUCACAGUCACCAAGACCAUCGCCUUUGACAGACAAUGGCUUCAACGGCGCCGAGGGCAAGGGCAAGGGAAUCGCUACAGACUCUUCGGGCUUGAUCCCCGCCCCGUCGCGACAUGACAGUCAACGGCUGCGGCAAGUCCCUCAAGAGAUACCUGACCCAGGCGAGGGAUGGCUGCCCAAAUUCCUCGAGGACAAAUCGAAGCAAGAUCUCGCCGACAUCCUCUCCUCUCCCGCCCAGCUCAACGCCUUGACCCACUCGCCGUCGACCGCGCACCCAUCCACGACCAACUCUCACGCCAACCUGCAGUUUGCGCUGACCGAGAACCUGACCCUGGCGCAGCACCUGCUGGACCUGGAGUCGCACCUGAACCACCAGCGGUCGAGCACGCAGGCGCAGCUGUUGUCGACGCACGCGCUCGAGCGGCAGUGGCGGCAGAAGCAGUCCGAGAUGGACGUGGCGCUGGCGCCGUUCGCGCCCGCCAGCCUGUAUACGCGGCUCACGCAGGGGCUGCAGGAGCAGGAGAUGGUGUGCGCCGCCAUGGAGGAGAGCUUCCUCGACGGCGACGGCGAAGUCGCCUCCGAGCGCGAGGCCCUCGACUGGGUGCGCCGCUACCGCGAGGCCAAGAAGCUGUACUACCUCCGACAGGAGCGCAAGGAGCGCUGGAACGAGAGGAGGGUCGGCGGCUGGCGAUUGCUCAACAUAGGCCAGUAUUUGUGGAUGGCUGAGACGCUGGCUGGCCGCAGGCUGCGCAAUAUGGCCGCUGCGAGGAGCGUUACAGACAUACGCAGUGACGGAGUCUACUUACUACUAUCUACACGCCUGGCGGAGUCAAAGACGCGCUUACAUCACAAAACCAUGGCGAUCCUACCUGCAUUCCUCGGCAUACAUACCACCGAGUGGAAGUGGCUGACGAGGUGCAUCCUAAGGGCUUGCUGUCCGCCAACACCUCGUCGUGAGCUAGCUUCAGAUGGCCUCGAGGUGGUGUGGUGUCGUCAAAUCCGCGGCAGCUGCUCCAGAGACGGACUUGAAAUCAGGCACGUUGCCAUGAUGCGAAUGGAACUCUAG